UGCGGUUUUUUGACACGUUUUUUUUUUCUGCGUUUGCUUUUUUGCGGUUGAAACUUGUCAUCUCUUUGAAUCUCUUUCUCUUGCUCCUUUGAGCUUAACCUUUUCCAAUGACAAUUUAUUAUACCUUGACCUUUUUUAUCUUGCUGCUGGAGAUGUUCAGCUUCUGCCUUUUGGUGUUGCCACUGCCAUUCCGCUGGCGCAGUGCCCUGAUGAGAUUUGUCACUACUUCGCCCGUGAUGGCGAAAGCAUUUUACGGUUUGAAGAUCGUCUUUGGUUUUAUCUUUGUUUUAUUUGCUGAUACCAUCAACCGAUUGCAACGCAUCGAGGCCGAAAAAGAAGAAGAUCCAGCUAAUUUCCAUGAUUAUGGUUAUGAAGCGAGCUUCAAGGCCAAGAAAUUCUAUGCGCAGAGAAACUUAUACCUGACCGGUUUCACCUUAUUCCUGUCCCUAAUCCUUGAGAGAACUUGCACGUUGGUAACGCAGAUGUUGAAGCGUGAGGAAGAAUUGGAUGCUAUCAAAAAAGAGGCUGCUUUAACUUCGGAAGAUCAAAAUCGCAUCAUUCAAUCCGAGAAAAGCUACAAGGAUCAGCUAGCUAAAUUGACAGAGGAAGCCAAGGAAUUGAGACAAAAGGAACGUGACUUUGCUUCUCUCAAGAAACGCGCAGCACAGCAAUCCGAGGAAUACGAGCGGUUGAUCAAAGAGGAAGAAAAAUUCAACCUUUGUAAAUAAAAAGAGAGAGACAGAGUUGAAUGGUGUUAUUUGCAUGCGAGAAAAGAAAAGAAAAAAAGACAAUAUACAAGGUAGAUGAAAUUAUUUGAUGAUGAGGAUAAGUGCUUCCAGAAGACAACUUAUGCGACAAUGGAGGU